UACCGGAAGAUGUCCGCCUUUUUGAUUGGCUGAUCCAAACGUUCGUUGGGUAGAGUAGCCCUUCUCGCGUGCGCUUUGAGCGUGGGCGUCCCUGGGAGUGUGUGUUAGGGGUUUCUGGACCCCGCACCGGCUCGUUAGCCCUUUCCAUCUGGGGCGCGGCUUAGGGUCGCCCCUAGUGGGCGGCUCCCGAAUCUGGAAAAAGAGCACCAGAACCGGACCGCUCCUGGGCUGCGGAGGUCCACUGGGCAGACAGGAAGAUGGCGGCAGCAUCGGUCUCUGCGACUUCUGGUUCUCAGUUCUCGAACAUCUUAGCUGAACCAUCAAGGGCUAAUGGAAAUGUGGUUCGCCAUUCCUCAUCUCCAUAUGUAGUAUAUCCACCUGAUAAACCUUUCCUUAACUGUGAUCUACGACGCUCCCCAAAUAAGCCAACACUAGCCUAUCCAGAAAGCAACAGCAGAGCCAUAUUCUCUGCUCUGAAGAAUCUUCAAGAUAAGAUUCGACGCUUAGAACUUGAAAGGAUUCAGGCAGAAGAAAGUGUGAAAACCUUGUCCAGAGAAACAAUUGAAUAUAAGAAAGUAUUGGAUGAACAGAUACAAGAAAGGGAGAAUUCAAAAAAUGAGGAAUCAAAGCACAAUCAAGAACUGACAUCUCAGUUGUUAGCUGCAGAAAAUAAAUGUAAUCUUUUAGAAAAACAAUUGGAAUAUAUGCGUAAUAUGAUAAAGCAUGCAGAAAAGGAAAGGACAUCUGUCUUGGAGAAACAGGUCUCCCUAGAAAGAGAACGACAACAUGAUCAAACACAUGUUCAGAGCCAGCUUGAAAAAUUGGACCUUCUUGAGCAGGAAUACAACAAACUUACUGCAAUGCAGGCGCUCGCAGAAAAAAAAAUGGAAGAGUUGGAAGCAAAACUUCGUGAAGAAGAAAAGGAAAGAAAACGUAUGCAGGCUAAAGCAGCUGAGUUGCAGACAGGUCUAGAAACAAAUAGACUUAUCUUGGAAGAUAAGGCAACUUCUUGUGUUCCCAGUACAAGAAAAAUUAAAAAAAAGAAGUCAAAACCACCAGAAAAGAAAGGUUCUAGGAAUUAUUUUGCUGCACAACCACAUUAUAGAUUAUGCUUGGGUGACAUGCCAUUUGUAGCUGGAAAGUCCACCAGCCCCAGUCAUGCUGUGGUAGCCAAUGUUCAGCAUGUCUUGCAUCUAAUGAAGCAGCACAGUAAAGUCUUGUGCAACGACCGAGUCAUCAACAGUGUUCCUCUGGCAAAGCAAGCGCCUUCACGAAGUGGUAAAAGUAAGAAGUCAGCAACACCUCCCUCGUCUAGCAGCAUUAAUGAAGAGUUGUCAGAGGUCUUACAGACUUUACAAGAUGAAUUUGGGCAAAUGAGCUUUGAUCACCAGCAGCUUGCAAAACUUAUCCAAGAAUCACCAACAGCUGAACUAAAAGACAAUUUAGAGUGUGAACUGGAGACCUUAGUGGGAAGGAUGGAGGCAAAAGCCAAUCAAAUAACUAAAGUUCGAAAAUAUCAAGCUCAGCUGGAGAAACAGAAGACAGAGAAGCAGAAGAGGGAAUUAAGAACCACCAGAAAGACUUUUGAUGAAGAAGGAAAUAGCAGCAGCCGUUCUUCUGGAAUCACAGGGACCACAAACAAGAAGGACUUUACCAAACUCAGACCUGGAGAAAAAAGCAGGAAAAAUCUUCAGUUAUUGAAGGACAUGCAAACCAUACAGAGUUCAUUACAAAGCAACAAUUUGAGUUGGGAUUACUGACUGGUACCAGGUCAUAAAUUUUAUUCAGAUAACGUGUACCUCAUCAAUCAAAUGUUGACAAUUUACUUUCCAGGUCUCAUCUUCUUAUGUUGGAAUUAAUAGGUGUUAAGGGGCCCAUGCUUUAUACAUUACACAUUCUUCUUGUGUUAUCCAUCACAACUAAAUGUUAAACCAUCUAAAUGGAAAUUGGGGGAUUUUUUAAAGCAAAGAAGCCACACAUACUCUGUUUCUUUGAGAUGAAUUUGCUGUACUGAAAUAUUGUGCUUUGUAAACAGAUUACCAAUUUUUUACUUGUGGGUGUGAUUUUUUGAAAUAGUUCUUUAUAUGUCUAAGUGAAAUUAGGUUUCAAUUAUCAAAAUGUGAGGCUGUCCCAUAGGCAAUGUUUGCUUGAAAAGUCUCAUUUUUAAAUCUUCCCAUGGCAUGAACUGCCUUUCUAGUUUCUACUAUAACCAUUAAAUAUACUUUGUUUGACUUUUGAUGGAGUUUUUCUAUAUUUAAAUAUUUAUACAUAUUUAAGAAGAUUGUUUUAUUUUGCUUUUUGACAUUUCAAACAUCAGUCCAUAUUGAAUACACUCGUAUUGAUUUUUAAUCCACUGUUAAAGUUUUUGGAAGACCCAUGCUUUCAUUUCAAGUCAAUUGUGAAGAUUAUAAAAGAAUAUUUUAAAGUAUAAACAAAUCGUUGAUGAAGUAAAUGAGGUUUUAGAAUCAAGUGAGAAAGGGAAGGCGUUGUAAAACAUGCAUUUAUUGUUUUUAUAUAGUACGUGUCUAAUCAUGCUAUUCAGUUCAAAGCAUUAUGGGUUUUAAAUUUUAUGAAGAACCCUUUAGAUAUUUACUUUUAUUGGUGUACAGUAUGAGUGCAAUCUUAACUGUACACAUAACAAUUGUCAUUAUGUUAAUAAUGUAAACCAAUUUUGAAUAUAUUAAGACUUGUUAACUUUUUAUAAAUUUGCCACUUAAGUCAAUAAAGCAGCUUUUUUUAAGGAGACACUGAAAUUUUCCUUAACAGCCUGUUAAUAAAGGCUUUGUUUGUUAUAAUCUCUUCAAAAAAUUCAUUUCUAAAUAGGAAAUUAACAUUAUGAGAAAUAAUAAGAAUAUAUGGUAUUUAGUACGUAAUUUACUUGCCUUUCUCAUGCUUACAUGGAAAUUAAGCCCAAGAAAAUUAUCUCCUGGUAUAUAAGGUAAGAGUACUAAGGAACACAUUAACCACAUAUUAAAGAGAUUUUUUUUUUAUGAUUCCUCUGGGAUUGAAAUAAAUUCCUAGGAUUUUAUCUAGAUAACCAGCAUGAAUCGUAGUGGCUGUCUGGGCAGUAAGGCUUUUUGAGUUAUUUUUCAGUAGAGCUCUUACUUUAGGGUCUUCAGAUUUGGGGACAUUUGGGAAUCUCCUGAAAUUGGAUAUAUACUUUUGCUGACAUGUACAAUUUUCUGAUGAGCAGGAUUGUGUCUUCAUCGAAUUAGUAAUAGUGAGUCCAUAGACCCAGGGAAUCACUGUUCUGUGCAAUGGAAAAUAUUAUGUUUCAACCAUCUUUUUAAAUAUUAAAACUUCUAUUACCUUU